CCGCUGCCGAGACGACCAUGGACGAGCUGAAUGCGAUGUCGCUGCAUGUGUUUGAGUACCUGGGCACGCUCUCUGCGGUGUCCAACGUCGAGUACAAGCCAUCUCCAGGCAUUCAACUGCACAACAUUGCUCUGUGGGAACAACGAAACGCACCCAAGAAGCUCCCCCUCGACCUCGUGGCGUUCCUAGGAGCGUCGAACGGGCUGUCUGUGAAAUGGUACACGACACUCAAGGCCAAGCAGCACUUGGUCGGUCAUUUCGCGUUGAAUUCGCUUCAACACAUGCGGAAAAUCGAUGCUGACUUUCCCGACGGCAACUACCUGGCCCUGGUCCUCGACUCGUCUAAGAUCAUGGGCGAUGUCUGCCUGGUGUUCAAAUCCAAUGACCAAGCCGAGGUGUGGCUGCGCGACGUCAUGUCGAAUUGGAUCUUGCUCGCUCGGACAUUUGCCGACUAUUACCGGCUCAUGAUCGUGCACUUGGGGCUCAUCGGGUGGCAAGCGUUGUUCACGCCCGUGGGAUUGGAUCCGUUGACCAAGCAAUGGUUUCAUCUGUUUGUACCCGGCCGGCUGCGCCAACUGACAAGCCCAGACAAGCACGCGACUACAAGUGCCCAGAUCCCCAUCUUGCCGUUCCUUUAGCUGUCAUUGCGCAUGUAAAACAGACUGCUGUCGUUAUAUGCGAGUCGGGUGAAAUCUUCGAACGCCACGAGCGACGCCUUGCGCUUCACCUGGGUCGGCUGAAUCUUGACCAGUUGCCGCGUCGGCGUCAGUUCCUGGCCUCGUUGCCGUCCACCUUGCACAUUUCUACGUUCACACAUAUAUAUAAAUAUAUCCCCGAUUACCAUCAAAUAUAUAGAUACCGUCG